AGAAACUGUUUGGUACAACACAAUGAAAAGUUGCUGAAAUAUUUGAUUUUGUCUCAAUUUGAAGCACAGUCAAGGUUAUGGUGGCCAAAUCUUGCACAUUGAUCCUGAUUUACCAAUACAAAGGAAUAUAGCAACGCAAGAGUUGAUAUUGUAUUCCGACCAGUGAAAAGGUGUAAAUAUUUUCACAAUUUAUUGAAUUUGUAUUAUUGUGUGUAUUUGAAGAAUUAAAGGAAUCGAGCUAAAGGGGUACACAAUAGCAGGUUCAUUGACUUAAGUCAGACUUCAUACCAACUGGGAAAAUAUCUAAAGACAGACUGAAAGCAUAUUCUGAGUGAUUACUUGGGGGAGAAAACAUAUACUUCUGUAAUUACUUAGAAAGAAAAUGGAUUCAACUGACAUCUAAAAACAAAAUCUGCCACAUACUUUAAGGAUUUAAGAAACUAAGGCAACAUUUGGAAACAUUCUACUUAUCAUUUUUCAGAAUGCUGUUCAGAGUAAAAAAGAGGUUGAAAUGGCUGGAGAUACUGGGUGUACAACACAGAAAAGAACAGAUAGCCAAUUCACCGUGGAGAUGGGCAUUUAGGACUUGUUUAAUUAUAACAUUUAUAAUAGGCACAAUUUUAUAUCAUCAAGCAGCACCAGAUAACAUUAAUAUACAUAAUUCAGAUUUUAGUGCUGCUUCCCGUCAUUUAUUAUCCAGUGAAAGUGGAAGUAAUCAUACCCUCCCGGAGUGGGAGAAGUGUGAUUUUGAGGAGGCUAGCAUCAAGUAUCUAUGGCUGGUUCUCUACAUAUUACUUGUAUUGAUUGGCUUCAUAGCCGUAGCUAUUGUCUGUGAUGAUUUUUUUGUACCUUCGCUGGAGGGGAUAUCUGAGGAACUCAAGCUAUCAGAGGAUGUUGCUGGCGCCACCUUUAUGGCUGCGGGGUCCUCGGCACCGGAGUUAUUUAUUUCUGUCGUUGGUGUGGCAUUUAAGACAGAUGUGGGUGUCGGAACCAUAGUAGGGUCUGCAGUGUUUAAUAUUCUAAUAAUUAUCGCCCUAACGGCAGCAUUAGCGGGUCAAAUCUUAAACCUCGACUGGCGUCCAUUAAUAAGAGACUCCUUCUUCUAUGGCCUCUCAAUCGGCUGCUUUAUUUAUUUCUCUUGGGACGGACUCUUCUACCUUCAUGAGGCCCUCAUCUUGUUGGGCCUAUAUAUCAUCUACAUCAUCAUCAUGGUCAUUAAUCCUAAACUCAUGGCCUGGAUGGCAACCUGGAGAUGCUGCUGCUGUAAAGCAACCAUUUUGCCAGUGAAAGAUGAGGAGUCCGAAGAGAAAUCAGCAUCCCCAGAUCCAUUAACAGAUCAUACCAAUGUGCAAUCCAUGAAUGGAUCUCAAGCCAUGCUUAAAAAAGAAAAUGAAAAAGAGAGAAAGACGGGAGGGGGUCCUACAUACGAAUCAACUCCAAUGACUACCAUUCCCAAUACUCUCUCAGAAAAUGAUGGCAAAAGUGCUGAACAAAAUGGUGACGCACGACCACCAAGUCAUACUGACAGUGGAUUUAAUAGCCAUGAAAAUAGCGGCUACAUUCAUAGCAAUCAUGCAAGCAACACUGACUUGCAGAAUGGACCAAGUGAUAACAAUAGCAAUCAUCAAAUUAGUAAAGAUAAAGAUGAUUUUUUGAAACCACCAAAUGAUCCAAAUGUACAAAGAAAUCAAAAUGGACCAUUACCACAAAAUAAUGAGAAAUCAGAUCAUACUCACGCUCACCAGCGAUCCUCUAUCAGCUAUCAACCAACAGCAGAUGGACUCAAGGAAGAGAAAGAGGAACAGCUGGAAUCUGAGGUCAAGAUUGAUGAAGAGGAAAAAGAGGAGGGAGAGGAAGAAGAGGAAACGAUGAAAUGUAUCUGCUGCCCUUGUCUACCAAAUAUACGUACAUAUCCACCCAGUUCAGAUGAAGUUAAGGAAAAAGGAGGUUUUGUCGCAUGGCUGAAAUACAUCCUACGCUGGUUUAUAUUUAUCACUGCUUUUCCAUUUGUCAUUGGAUAUUCUUGGACAAUACCUGAUUGCAGCAAAGAUGAAGAAAAGAGAUGGGUGAAGAAACUCAAGAUCGGGUUGAGUUUCCUGAUAUCAGUCAUCUGGAUCGCUCUGCUCAGUUUUGCCAUGAUAACGCUGGUUGGUCGCAGUGGUUGCAUUCUGGGUAUUGACACUUUCACUAUGGGGCUUGUCGUCAUCGCUGUUGGCACCAGUGUACCUGAUGCCAUGAGUUCAAUUCUAGUUGCCCGGGAUGGCUUUGGAGAUAUGGCUGUCUCUAAUGCGAUUGGCUCGAAUGUAUUUGACAUUAACCUGGGUUUGGGCCUGCCGUUCCUCAUCACAAUAGGAAUCCAGAAACUAGAACCAAUCCAGAUGCUCGAUGCUACUGAAUUAAGUUUGCGAGCUGCUGGCAACCUUCCUGUCACACCCCAUGCAAAAUUUGGAUUCAUUUUACUACUUAUUCUAGCGUGUACAUUGACCAUAUUUGGGCUAAAUCGAUUCAGACUGAACAAGUGGAUCGGAAUUUCAUUUGCAAUACUCUACGUGGUAUUUUUAAUAUACGCUUUCAUUCAGGAUGCUGUCUGUGACCACAGCUGUUAAGAAUGAUUACAGAGUGUCCAGAAAUUGACAUUAAAACAUUUUCAAAAAAAAAAUUACAAAUAUUUCACAGUGGUGUUGAUUUCAAACUGGGUGAAUUUUCUACAUUUUCUACGUGAAUUUGGUACAAUCAGUAUAUAUUUCACUUGACAUAUGGUUACAGAAAGACCAACCGUGUGUUGACUGAAAUGGGAACAAAAAUUAUAAAUAAAAAGUAAUUCUCUCAAUUUGUGGACACUCUGUAUCCUUUGUACAAAGUAUAAAUAUGUAAAAAUUAGAAGACAAAAAGUUGCCAAAGACAAUUAUGAAUAAAAAUAAUUUAAAAAUAACAGAGUCAAACUUAUUAAAUAUUGGAGUAUCUAUAUACAUGGAGGAGUAAUCUAUACAAAGAGGAGGAGUUGAAUAUACAAGGAGAAGUAAGAAAUAUGUACAUAUACAAAGAUGAGGAUUAAAGAUAGAAACCAGAGAUGUGCCAAUAUUCUGAGAAUGUGAGAUGUGCAGGUGCAUCUGGAGUGGAGUCAGUGUCAGAUAUAUACAACAUGCUGAGGAAACAACUAAUAAGGCAGUAUUAAUACUAUUGACACUUCACACUGUUAUUGGGUCACACCAAUGAAGGUUUACACCAUUAGUUCUGUGGUGACACCAUUUUGUGGUCUUAUUCCUGAAAGGCCACACCAUAAUGAAAUCACACCAGAUUGGAGUCACACCAUAGAAUGGUCACAACAUUAUUAGGAGUCACUCAACAGGAUGGCCACACCAUUAUUGGGUUACAUUUGCUAAAGGAUCGCACCAUUAUGUGGGGUCAGAUCACUAUGUUCAACAUAGAGGUUUGGUAUUUUCAUUGUUUAACUCAGUUUGGCAUACUGACCUGACUCUCGGGUCUACUUCUUGAAAAAUAUGAAUUACAAAUUUUGAAAUUAUAUUGUAUUGUGCUAUUGCCAUUGUAACACAAUUGGAAUAAACUAUCGUAAUUCACAUUUUCAAUAAACAGACCCUUGGUGUAAUAAGAAUCUCAAAUACAGUACCAAUAUAAUCACAUAUCUAAAAAAGAUCUUGUCGAGGGAUAACUACAUUUGAGGAUGUUAGUUGAAUAAUUCAAAAUGUCAAAUAAUAAUACAUUAAAACCUGUUGAACUGGAACAACACUUUAUUGUAGUGGUACCUUUUAAAUGUGUUCAUUUAAAAGUUGUUCCACUUACUGAGGAGUUCCACUUUACAGGUUUU